UCAAAGAAAUGCGUUCUCUUGUUUUUGAACAGCUGAUUGGUCGUCGCAAAUUUUGCAGCAAUUUUAGUGAAAACUACCAAAAUCUUAUUUGUAAACAAUUGAAAACCAUUUAAAAGAUUGCAUAUAUUUAUAACUGAAAUAUGAGCAAAGCUUUGCAAAGUUUGACCGCUCAGUAUACAGAUUCGGAGAAUGAAGGCGAACCAGAGGAUCCUAGCCCGGACUCGUCUAACUCGCAAGCGUCCCAGGCUAUUAUUCCAAAACUACCGAGCAUCAAAGGAAGCCCCGAAAAGACGCCAACCGAAAAAGAACGAAAAAAGAAAAGGCGCAAAAAGUCUGUACGUCGCCUGGUUAGUUAUAAAGAUGACACAGUGAUAUCCGAUGGUGACGAAGAAGAAAGUGCUUCUUCGCAGUCAAACAAUGAGUCCCAAUCAGAAGGCGAAGACGAUGAUGGAAGUGCUCAUAGUAAUGUGUUGACUUCAAGAGAUACCAGUAGCAGUGUACAAAUGGAAGUUGAUGAGACGACUGAACAAGGAAAUGAGUCUAAAUCGCCAAAAAAAGCUGAUAAGCUUAGUAAAUAUGCUCAUUAUGGAUUUUCUUUACCUCCGGAGCCUAAAGGUAAACCUUCGGCAGAUUUGGUCGAUAAAAUCAAGCAUUUAUAUGAGAAAAUGGAAACAACCAAUAUGGAUAUGAAUCGCGUUAUACAAGAGCGCAAAGAAUUCCGAAAUCCCAGUAUUUAUGAAAAACUUAUACAAUAUUGUGACAUAAAUGAAUUUGGCACAAAUUAUCCUCCGGAGAUCUAUGACCCGCUGCAAUGGGGGCCAGAAAGUUACUAUGAAGAAUUGGCACGUAUACAAAAAAGUGAAAUGCUCAAACGGCAAAAAGAACGUAAGGACACGGAUAAAAUCGAGCAGGCCACAGCACUGGCACGUAAAGUCGAAGAGGAAGCUAAGAAGAGAAAAUCCAAAUGGGACCAGCCGGCUGCUGCGGUUAAACCGGUACCGCCAACAUUAACCACCACAGUUACCGGUACAAAAGGCACUGUAAUAUCUGCAUUUGGUUCCUUGCCAAAGAAACCAUCAGCUUAAAGUUUUGCUUCAUAAAAUGUUUAAGCAGCACAAUAAUGCUAUGUAUUUUAAUUGCCGAUACGUACAUAUAAAUGGAUACAUAACUGAGAAAUAAUAAAUAAUAAUACAACA